AUGUAUCCCCAGAAUGUCCAACAGCAGAAGGCAAAAACCAAAGUAAUGAACAAAAAUGUGUUUAGAAUCUGUAACAUGGAAGCCACUUCCAUGAUACAAGGUUUUAUAAAAAGGAAAGUAUUUAUUGACAUUUUUAUUGACUUGAUUAAUUUGAAUCUUGGAACAAAUUGUCUUCCUGAUGCAUGGAUGAAUUUAAUGCUUCCAGAUUUACAGAAUCUGGCAUCUGCAUUCACAGUGAACUCAGAGAUUACUGACUGGCGCAGAUUCUUGCUAGCAGCAGCACAGCCUUGGCCAGUGCCUUCUGUGGCACAGCUUCUCAAAUUGCUAUGUAGCUUCAAGUCUGUUGAUGUAGCUGGAUCAGGCUUUGUUACACAGGAAUGCUAUAUGCAGGUUGGUUUAUGGUUUAAUGAAAAUGAAGAUCUAAGCAUAACAAAAAGUUGCACAGUACCUUUGCCUUUAGAUAGGCUAAGACAUCUCAUAAAGUUUUUUUUCAGUUUAUUUGCAGAUACCAGAAAAGAUCCUCCUCUGCUCAACUAUACUGAGAUGCUACUUUAUUUUGCCUCCCACUCCGACCCAGUUGAAGGUGUUUACAGAGCACUUAGCAUUGCUACUGGAACAUAUAUUCAUAGAAAAGAAGAAGCUACUCUUCCAUGUGGGGGUUUUCCUUAUACGAACAUAGUUCCAAAUGAGAAAAUUUUGAUAGAAGAUGGAAAAGAAGUUUUGGAUUACACAGACAAAGGACUCAUUUCAGUGGCAACUCUGCUCAAAGUCUUUCAUACUGGAGGAAGUAAAGAUGAAGAUAAUAAUAGAUUUAAUAAUCUGCAGAAGGAAGGCAGCUAUGAUAAGUUGCACUCCUUUUGAAGCAUCCUUUCAUUCAAGACUUGAUGAACGCAUAUCAAGGCUACAAGCUUCCUGAUAUAAAAAUCUUUCUCCAAAGAUCUGAACAAGC